ACCGUCCAUAGGCUGUUUUACGAAUUGGUGAGAAUUGACAAAUGCUGCCUUUGCCAGUCACCCAUGACAUCUCUGAAAUGGCAAGGCCUCAGAUGCAAGCAAUGCCAUAUUGUAUGGCAUAAAAACUGCCUGCUAAAAUCUUCAGAAGACUGGGAUAUGUCCGAUGAUGACUACUCGUCUGGUGAGGAGUACAACCCAUCCUCUCUAUCAGAAAGUGAAAGCUCAGAAAUGGAGACGGAACGAAAACAGAGCACACACAUCCAGAGUGACUCAGAGGAUAUCUUAAAGGAUAUGCCGAUGGAUUUUGAAUCUGCGGCAACUCUCCAGGAAAGUGGAAGCUCAGAAACGGAGACCGAACGAAAACAGAGCACACACAUCCAGAGUGACUCAGAGGAUAUCUUAAAGGAUAUGCCGAUGGAUUUUGAAUCUGCGGCAACUCUCCAGGAAAGUGGAAGCUCAGAAACGGAGACAGAACGAAAAAAGAGCACACAUAUCCAGAGUACCUCAGAGGAAAGCUUAAAGGAUAUGCCGAUGGAUUUUGAACCAGAGAUGUCAGAGUCAUGCUUGCAUAAAAGCAAUGAUGACAAUCUUGGAAAGGGCACAGUGGGAAUGUUUGUCCACAAUAAACCUGAAAAAAUGAAAGACCUUAAAAGCCAAGUGAACUAUUGUUUUGUAUGUGGAAAACCUCAAACUAAAAUUGCACGUCAUCUCCAAACACAUUUGAGUGAAAAUGCUGAAAUUGCGCAGGCAUUCCAGGCCGCCAAAUCAUCAAAGGAGAGGAAGAUUCUUCUUGAGAAAUUACGCAACCUUGGCAACUUUAAACACAACACUGAUGUUAAAACCACAGGCUCAGGCUGCCUUAAGGUGAAAAGGAGCUCAAAAAAAAGCAGUAACCCUGAGAUGUAUGACUAUUGCCUGUACUGUAAGGGUAUGAUGGCCAGACAAGAACUUAGUAGACAUAUGAGAAAAUGUCCCCUAAGGCCCGAUGUGAACACUGAAGAGAGGGAGAGGGUUCCUGCCAUCGCAUCCAGUCAAUCUACAAUGUCACAGCCAAUUUCUAGCUCACUUUGGGCAGUUUUGGGCAAAAUGCACAAGGAUGAGGUGAGCACUGCCAUCAAGAAUGACCACUACCUCCUGCAGUUCGCCCAGUCCCUCUUUAAUAGGCACGGAAUUGACCCAGCAAAGCAUGAAUAUAUCAGACAGAAAGUGAGGGAAGUUGGCAGGUUACUGGUAACACUCCGCAAAACAACUCAAAUCUACAAUUUGGAAGAAUGUUUAAAACCAGCGAACUUCAUGAUUCUGACCAGUGCUGUGAAGACGGUUUCUGGAUUUGAUCCCAAAAAUAACAUUUACAAAUCCCCAAGUUUGGCCUAG